AUGUCGAACGGUGAGAGAGACAAUGAAAAUCAUCCACGUCCACGUUUAUGUCAUUUAAGACGUUGGGGUCACUUUGCUGGAUAUGGUUUUAAUUUACACUGUGAAAAGUCAAAACCCGGUCAGUUUAUAGGCAAAGUUGAUCCAAAAAGUCCAGCUGAAGCAGCAGGUCUACGUGAACAUGAUCGAAUUGUUGAAGUAAAUUUUGUUAAUAUUGGAAAUGAAAAUCAUAAACAAGUUGUAACACGCAUAAAAGAAGGUGUAUCGCGAGAUGGAACAAAAUAUCCGGAUGAAGUUAUAUUACUCGUAUUAGAUAAUGAUGCUGAUAGAUAUUAUAAAAGUAAAAAUAUUGUUGUAAGAGGAAAUGAUCCAAAUGUUGAAAAAAUUGAAACACCAAUAAAAAAUCAAGAAAUGAAUAUUAACACACCAUCACCUUACUAUAACAGUAAUCCUUCUGAAUCAUCAAUAGUUUUACCAACAAAAAAUAAUUACACAAAAAAUGCUGAUUUUACAACUACAACAGUCACACGAACACAAUAUGAUUCAUCACCAUCAUCAACAAAAUCGAACAAUCAAGAUAAUAAUUAUAAAGAAUCAUCGUCACCAAAAAUACCUCAAAAACAAUAUAACGAAGUGUUCAUGACAACAUCGGAUCAAAAACUAAAUGACAAUACGAAUGGUCGAUAUCAUAAUGUAAAUAAUGAACCAAAACAUAGUGUUACUCACAGAGAACACUCAGAUAACACCGUCUUACCAGAAUUAGAAUUGUCGGUUGCAGAAUUUCGUGAACAGUUAAAAGCAACAAAUAAACGAGAUAAAGAUCCAAGAAAACAGCAAAUGUCAAUGCGUGAAAAACUUGACAUGAUUAACAGUAUGUAA